AUGAAGAUCAUCCCAUUCGUGCGCGAACCUGCGUCGCCACCGCCCAAGUCGGGCACGUUCCCACGCACUCGGACGCGCGAGACGGAAGACCUUGCGUCCCGGUUCAACGAUCUCACCACCGACUCGCUUUCCCCACCGUUAUCGGCGAGCAGCACGCACUUUUCGAGCACACCUGCCACUUCACCCGAGACAUCGAUGGGUGAGCUCCCCAGUCGCAAAUCGGGUAGUCAUCCACGCCCAUCUUCGCGUUUGCGUGGCACGCCAUCUCGAGAAUCCGUCCGCUCGCUCUUCGCCCCACCUCAGCUGGCAUCGCCGCACGAGCUGGAGUGGGAGAAAACCCUUGAAGACGCUGCUGCCCGCGCGAGUUGGCAGAGCAGCAUCGAACACCGUCCUCGUCCGCAUCGCGUGUCGAGCAGCAACAGCGUCCCUACGCGGGUGAGCCAGUCGACCUGGCCGCGCGUCUCCGCGCCGACGCCCGUGGCGAACAGUCUGCAGCUGGAGCACGUGUUCGUCGACGCGGGUUCGGUGCGUGGUCCGUUCGCAGUUCGGUCUCAAACCCACCCCUCCCGCUCCUUCGGCGACACUUCAAAUCGCCUCGUUGGCCGCAUCAAGCCGGCGCGCGACAUACCCGACGCAUCGUCUGUAUGGCAGAUGGGUCGUCGUCGAUCGUCCGGGUUUGUCCCCACCACCGCGUUUGCGGGGGGUAGCACACGCAAGAUGCCUACCAUCCCGCAAGGCCAUUCGCGCGAGACAUCCGCCGCCGAGAUGGCCGAGGAAGACUUCCCCUGGUCCGGAGUGGAUCCGUACACCCAGAGCCCAGGGGAUGCGUUUCCACGUGGUUUCUCCCGCAAGGACUCCUUCGUUAGCGAUGGACCGGGUGAAUAUCUCCCUUUUAGCUUUGGGAGGAGGGAGAGUCGGGAUGACAUCGCACUGCUCACAAGAAGGAGGAGCUCGAGCAACUCGAGCCAAGAAGGUCCGAUCUUUCGACCGACGUUCAGACCCACCUUUGGGAGAAGCACCAGCAGCGGAGAGCUCAGGCACCGACCGGACGUGCCAGAGGCCGUGACCGGGUCAGAGGCAGAGGAUGGCGAGGUGGAUGAUGAAGGGUGGUGUCGAAGAAGAAGCACGUUUGCCUCUGUGGGGGUGCCACACGAGGUCACCGCCUCUUAG